GAGGAAGGGGAAGGAGAUUCGUCGCCGCCAUGAAGUACAACCCAAGGGUCUCAAGCUCCAGGCGGAAGUGCCGAAAGGCACACUUCACCGCCCCUUCUAGCGUUCGUCGGGUGCUGAUGAGCUCCCCACUCUCAUCGGACCUGAGGAACAAAUAUAGUGUCAGGUCGGUUCCUGUGAGGAAAGAUGACGAAGUACAAGUUGUAAGAGGAACCUACAAGGGCCGAGAGGGUAAGGUGGUUCAGGUCUACCGUCGCAAGUGGGUCAUUCACGUUGAGCGUAUCACUAGGGAGAAGGUUAAUGGAUCUACCGUCAACGUUGGCAUUAACCCUUCCAAGGUCGUCAUCACCAAGCUCAAGCUUGACAAGGAUCGCAAGGCCCUCCUCGAUCGUAAGGCCAAGGGCCGCGCCGCCGACAAGGCCAAAGGCAAGUUCACCGCAGAAGAUGUCGCCGCCGGUGCUGCACCCUCUCUCCAAGAGAUCGAUUAGAUCGCUUUAGCUAAUGUUUCUCUUAUUUUUGUUUCAUGUGGUUUAGGAAGUAAAGUAAUAGUUUUGAGCUACUCAAAUUUUGGAACAUUUUUGGUUAAUUACAGUUUUACCAUUGUGCGGAUUUUGAUAAUUGAUUACUAUCCUAUUGCAUUUU